AUGAAAAAACUCGUCACAAUAUUCUUUUUACUUCUCGUUUUUAUGGAAAUUUGUAUAGCGGCUGAUCGUUUUGUGAUCCGACGUGGCGGUCGAUUGGAGAGAAUUCAUCGACAAACAUUGCACGAUUGGAAGAGAGCAAAUCAUAGACAUCGAAGACAUCAUCGCCAUAAAAGACGUCAUCAUCAUCGCCGACGUGACGAUGAGGGAAUGAGCCGAGUGGAGAGUGUUGUCACUCAGAUUGAUUCUUAUGUGAAGCCACGCUUCGGGAGAAGUGUUAGAUACAUUUUACAACAA